AUGUCAUAUGAUGCAUGGUUGAGGGCACAUCCAUUGCCAAGAAUCCAAGAAGAUCAGAAGAAAAAGGAAUCUAAUUCAAGCUCCUGCAAUAAAAGUUUAUUCAAUAUUUCCUCAUGGCAGAGCAGAUGUGAGACUAAAGGGAAAGGAAAAGAAGGGGAUGAAGGGGAGGUUGAACAAAGAAAUGAUUAUUUGCAGGAGAGUCUUAGGGUGGAUGAGCCACAACCAAAGGCUCCAUCUAUGGGGGAAAAUAUACUGAAAAUCGCAGUUAUGGCUGAAUCUAUUGGUGCAGUUGAUAUCUCCAAUGUUGGGAGAGAAACUGAAGUAACAUCAAAUGCAGCAAACGACAAGAAAAAGAAAUGGACAACGAGGCAAGCUACUAGGAAGGUGAAUCCUAACAAAACAAAGAAGUUGGAUAUUGAAUAUGGGAAAAGGAAUUUGGUAGAUGUCAUGAUUAUCAAUGGGACAGUGGAAGGAUGUGGUAGUGGUGAAAAGAAGGUGAAAGGACAAGAGGUACCAAAGGUGUGUCAUGAAACUGAACUAGAGGUGGUGUUGGAAAUCCAACACCGCAUAAACCAAUGA